AUGGCAAUAUCUCAUCUUCUUUCUCCAUUACCAUCUCUCACCUUCUUCCAAACCGGAACCCUAACCCUAACCGGUCGUUCUUCUUCUUCUCUGCCUCUAAACCCUAAUCCCCAAUUCGCAAAACCUAGACUUUCAAGAGAAAGAGCCGCCACAUUCGUUCUCCAAUCCAAGAAGAGUGACGAUUCAGUGGACGCAUCAGAUCGUAUAUUCUCAGCCUUCUGUUACUUCUACCCAUUCUUCGAUGGGAUUCAGUAUGGUAAAUUCAUCAUCACGCAAUAUCAACCUUUCCAGAUUCUCAUCCAACCUUUGUUUCCAGCCAUCAAGGCCUUCAAGAGCUUCCCUUUCAAUGGCUUUCUUGUCUUCCUCACUCUCUACUUCGUCGUCGUCAGGAACUCUAAUUUCAGCAGGUACGUUAGGUUCAACACGAUGCAAGCGAUUGUGCUCGAUGUGCUCUUGAUUUUCCCGGAUUUGCUUGAGAGGAGCUUCAAUCCAAGUGACGGGUUUGGUUUAGAUGUGGUGAUGAGUUUGGACAGCACAGUGUUCCUCUUCUUACUUGUCUCUUUGAUCUAUGGAUUCUCUGCUUGCUUGUUUGGUCUGAUCCCAAGGUUGCCCCUUGUUGCUGAUGCUGCUGAUAGGCAAGUGCUCUGA